AGCCAUGGUGGUGAGCAGGACGGUGUCGGGAUGCCUGUGGGCAGUGGCAGGGGUACUCCUGUUGCUGCUACAGAGUACACAGUCAGUCCACAUCAAGUACCAAGGCUUCCAGGUCCAGUUGGAAUCGGUGAAGAAGCUGAGAGAGUUGGAGGAGCAGCAGGCACCCAGCCUCCACCUGCCAGUCCAGAGCCCCCUGCCUUCUGUAUGCUACCAUCCAGCUCUCCCCUUGGACCUCCUCCCCAUUUGUGCCUCCCAGGAAGCUGACAGCAUCUUCCAGGCCUUGAAAACCAUCGCUUUCGAUGACUGCGAGCUGUGUGUGAAUAUUGCCUGUACUGGCUGCUGAGAUGACCCUGGGUGUCCUGCGCCCGCCUUGGAUCCCCGCUCCUCAGACCCAGCC